AUGUCAGCGCCUACGACCAAGGAAGCAGCAGAUAAAAUCAACAAAAUCCUGAACGAGUUCGGUGUACCUCCUCUACAUGGCACAGUACUUGCCGACCCACAAAAUGCUAGCCCCGAGGUAGUGUUGGCGAUGGUGCUGGACGCCAUGAUCAAAGCAAGGCCCAUCUCGCACGAGUUGACACAGAGAACGAUCAAAAAGCUAAUUGAAGCCGACUACCAUGACAUCGACGUACUUUCUAAAAGCACAUGGGAAGAUCGAACAAAGGUCCUGCAAGAAGGAAGUUACAACCGGUAUCGAGAGCAGUGCGCCACCAAUCUCGGCGAGCUCGCCAAACUGGUUGUUGAGAGAUACGAUGGGGAUUUAAAUAAUCUCCUCAAGCAGGCAGCUGGCAAAAUCGACAAAGCUAGAAUAUUGCUGAAGGAGGUCAGGGGCAUGGGUGAUUUGGCAGUCGAGGUAUUUUUCAACAAUGUUCAAGGCAUAUGGCCAAGCAUUGCUCCUUGUCUCGAUUCGCGGAGCUUGAAGACUGCUGCUGAGAUCGGGAUUGGAACUGAUUUGGGUAAAAUAUACAAUGUGCUAGAGCGGGACCCCGUGCGUAUGAGUCGCUUCGCCAAUGGUCUCUCUGAAGUCCGACUGGAGAAAAGGCAGGAUGUGAUUGAGGAACUUUGA